AAUGGUGAGCACAAGUGACAGUUUUAUUGAGACUCAUUGAUUUUAAAAUCCUAUUUUGUCAUUGUGAUUUUAGUUCUAUUCAAAGAUGAAGAAAUGGCUCAGAGAAUAAUGGAAUCUGAUGACCCCAGAGAGCAAAAAGCUCUGGGUAGGAAAGUCAGUAAUUUUGAUGCUGAUGUCUGGGACUCAAAUUGCAGGGAGGUUGUGAAACAGGGCAGCAUCGCUAAGUUUUCUCAAAAUGAAGAACUGAAGAAGGUUCUACUGGAGACAGAUGGGACAAUUUUAGUUGAGGCUAGUCCAAGAGACACUAUAUGGGGGAUAGGCUUAGGUGCUGAUAACCCAAAGGCAAAGAACAAACACACAUGGAGGGGCAAAAACUGGCUAGGAUAUGCUCUAACAGAUGCAAGAACUGAAAUAAUCAAGGGGAAAUGACAUACCAUACACUAUCAGAGAACUCACAAUAGUGCAAUACCAAACAUUUGUGGAGCUUUAGUUACAAACUGUUUGGCUUAAUUAAAUUUUGCCAAUAUCAUGUCAUAAGACCCAAGAGCUUGCAUUGUUAAAAAGUCAAUACCUGAGUGCUCGAGUCAAUGCCCAUGCCAGACAACAGGCCCAUUUAUAUAAUGUGGCAAUACCACAAAAUGGACUAUAUGACUUGCACAGACAGCAGAACUCACAUCAGCAUUGGAUCAUUCUGUAACACUUGUGUUAUACAGCAUGUACUCUGCUAGAAUGCAAAACACUAAUAAAUGUCAUGUAUUAUACAUUUUCUUGCAUAUUAGCAGAUGUAAUAUUCAUUAUCUUUGAGCAUUUUUGAAGUGCCAAUAUAUUGCUCCGAUUCACUGAUUUUAUACCAUCCAUUAAUGCACAUUCCAAAAUUCCAUCAAAAACAGUGAUAUUGUCAUAUUAGUUUCAGAAUUGUAACCUCAAUGCUUUUUCUUAUAAUCAUAAAUAAAGAUGACCAACACAGAAAAGUCACUUUAAAUAUUAUUUAUUUUUGUGUAAAAUUAUAUUAAUUAUAACUUCUCAUAUCCAUAGAGCUUAAUUUCUACAAUUGUAUAAACAUUUAUACAGGAUAUACAUAAUAG